CCUGCUUCGGGCCGCACCGGGCCCCGCGCGCCGGGGGCCGCUGCGGGCUCAGGCCAAGCGCUGGGUGAGUGUGAGUGAGACACGCGGUCCACGGCUCCGAGCCCGGGUCGAGACUGCAGGACCCCGAGCGGCCAGAGGAGACGAACAAAUAGUCCCCAGCGCCUCCUCCGGCCGCCCUGGGGCCUGUGGUUCCCGCCACCGCCCGGCGGACCGGGCCAGGCCGAGCGGGCAAACCCGGACCCAGGCCUGCGGGCUCUAAUUGCAGCGUUUGCGUUGAUGAUGAUGAUUUUUUUUUUUAAAUCGCAGCAGCCCCCAGUUUAGCGGACUGAUUUACUCCGGGUAUUGGUAAAUAUGAUCACGUGGGCCGCGCGACCAAUGGUGGAGGCUGCAGCCUGCGAACUAGUCGGCGGCUCGGGCGCCGGCGGGGAGCGGCUCGGCGGCGGGCAGUGUAACCUUGGGUGGGAGCGCGCGGCGCCUCAAAAUGUCCUCCAGUGGCACCCUCAGCAACUACUACGUGGACUCGCUCAUAGGCCAUGAGGGCGACGAGGUGUUCGCGGCGCGCUUCGGGCCGCCGGGGCCCGGCGCCCAGGGUCGGCCUGCAGGUGUGGCCGACAGCCCGGCCGCCGCCGCCGCCGAGUUCGCCUCGUGUAGUUUUGCCCCUAAAUCGGCCGUGUUCUCCGCCUCGUGGUCCGCGGUGCCCGCCCAGCCCCCGGCAGCGGCGGCGAUGAGCGGCCUCUACCACCCGUACGUGCCCCCGCCGCCCCUGGCCGCCGCCGCCUCCGAGCCCAGCCGCUACGUGCGCUCCUGGAUGGAGCCGCUGCCCGGCUUCCCCGGUGGCGCGGGCGGCGGCGGCGGUGGCGGCAGUGGCGGUGGUGGUGGCGGCGGCCCGGGCCCCGGUCCCAGCCCAGGCGGCCCAGCCAACGGGCGCCACUACGGGAUUAAGCCUGAAACCGGAGCGGCCCCGGCUCCUGCCGCCGCAGCCUCCACCACCACCUCCUCCUCCUCCUCCUCGUCCUCCUCCACCUCCAAACGGACUGAGUGCUCCGCGGCCCGCGAGUCCCCGGGGAGCGGCGGCGCCGAGUUCCCGUGCAACUCGUUCCUGCGGGACAAGGCGGCGGCGGCGGCGGCGGGACCGGGGCUUGGGGCAGGGCUCGGGGCUGGGCCUGGGGUGGGAGGCUCAGCCGAGCCCUCGGCUUGCAACGAUCACCCAAGCCCCGGCUGCCCGCUGAAGGAGGAGGAGAAGCAGCAGCAGCAGCAUCCGCAGCCGCCGCCGCAGCAACUUGACCCAAACAACCCCGCCGCGAACUGGAUCCAUGCUCGGUCCACCCGGAAAAAGCGCUGUCCCUACACCAAAUACCAGACGCUAGAGCUGGAGAAGGAAUUCCUCUUCAACAUGUACCUCACCCGGGACCGGCGCUACGAGGUGGCCAGGAUUCUGAACCUCACAGAGAGACAGGUCAAAAUCUGGUUCCAGAACCGUAGGAUGAAAAUGAAAAAGAUGAGCAAGGAGAAAUGCUCCAAAGGAGACUGACCCGGCGGCACCGGCUCGAGCGCCCUGGGGCAGCAAGGGGUUUUUUGUUGUUGUUGUUGUUUUGUGGGUUCUUAAUUUCCAGAAACUCCAGCGACUCAAGACUCCCUACCCUCCCCUUUUUUUAGAUAGAAGUGACUGUGUGGUUGGUCUCUGUGAGUUAAUUGGGGGAACUGUGUUUGCUCUCUUAUGUGUUGGAGAAACCAAGUAGCUUUGGAGUUUCGCUCUAUCCCGCUCCCUCCCUUUCCUGCUCCUUGGUUCCUUAGAAAAUGCAAUAUUUUGUGACUGCACGCUGGCUUGAGGAACCCCUCCCCCGUGUAAAUACCCCUCAUGUUUCUGGAAAGUGCUGUAGUCUAGUUCCCUCCCCCAGCGCUUUCCAAACAGGGCCUUGUGUGCCCCAAUUCGGAGAAUCUGAAGGCUGAGCGAGAAACUGUGUACACUCCUGCUGCUUGCCCAGGCCUGGGUCUGGGUCACCUACCGGUUGGAAAUCCCCCUUUCCUCAGGGAGCCGGCAGGCCCUCGUCCCAGACCUUGAGUGAGGCCUAAAGCAUCCCAGGGACUUGGGUGGGUGGAGGGGUUUAUUCGCAGUGUGUAGGGGCGUCUGCUCUCUCCCGGGAAGGCUGCCUCGGGUGGUGGCCCUCUCCAUUCCUGCCUGGAAACGGUUGUAAAUGUUAUCACUUCCUACCAAUAAAUGCUGAUCUGAUCAAAUGGUGCCCUGA